AGAUGUAGUAGUUUGGUGCAUUGAUACAUACGUACAAGAAUCAGUAUUACGACAUUCUGCAUAAAACAGUUGUCAAUGUCAAGGAUAGCAAUAUCCAUCAAAGAUUUCACCAGAUUUUUAAGAGUACGACACUGUAGCCACCUUUUAAGCGGAAAUAACGCACGAAUAAACUUACGCAAUUGUCAAUGGUGGUCUUUGACCCUGAAUCUAACCUGUGCACGUGUUGCGUCGUGCGAUAAAAACACGAUUUUGGCACGAAACUAUCUUCCUUCCUUGAUUGCCAAGAAUUGGAUUGUGACACCGUCAAAGAUUUGUUGGUAUAAAUCAAAAAUAAUUCUAACGACGAAUAUCCAAAUAUAUUAAUGAUAUAACAAUAAAGUUAUUAAAAUGACAAAUAUGGAGAAUAAUGAGGAUAAGAUAUUAGAUGAGGAACAAUGGAAACUGGAAGCACAGUCUGUGAUCAACGAUAUCAAGAAUCACGUGAACGACGUAAAAUUAUCCGACAGAUUGUGUAGUACGAAUCAAGUUAUCUAUUUCAAUUUGACAACAUUGGAGAACUUAAAAUAUUGUAUUGAAUUAUCCAGUGCAGGUUUUACAAUCGUUGGAAAUAAACACGACGACACUUCGAACAAGGGGAACCAAUAUUUCGAAACGCCAUACAGUUUGUUGAAUUCCACAAGUCCACAAUAUAGAGAUUCGUUCGGCAAUUUAUUGUUAGAAAAAUUGAAAGAAUUGAGUCAAGAAUAAAAUGAACGAUAUUUUUGGAAAACAUAUUUAUCUUUAUUAU